UCCACAUGCGGCCGGCCGCUGGGUGAGCCCCUACUUCACAUUACCUCACACUUUCAAUAUUGGGUUACGAGAAUUUUACUUCAAGGUCCUCUUUUGGGAGUAAAUAGAGGUGGUAUAAAUGCGAAGACGAGCAACAAUGGCACACAGUUGAGGUUCAGUAGUUCGCAUGAAAAUGAAUGCGUUCGCCAUUUUAGUUUUGUGCAGUGUUGUGGGUAGUACUGUAAGCUACUACACGCAGACACAGAGAGUAGCUCCCUAUAACAUUGGACCAAAUGACCCCUACGUAACAGAUGUCAAUCGCAACUUUGUGCCUGAGCCAUCGCAACGCCUAUUUUUUGGUGGACAGGGUAGUAAUCAAGUUGGCGGUACAGGAUUAUGGGCGAUGAUAACAAAUAAAUUUCCAUUUUUAGGAAACAUGUUUGGUCGCAUGGAAUUACCACCACAAGGAGGUUUCAGUCAAUACAACGAUUUGUCUGCUCAAUAUGGUGUACCCACUAGGUUUGAGCCUCAGUAUUACCAAGCGCAGCAGUUUGCCCGACAGUUCCCUGCACAAAUUGGUCAGAAUUUCGUUCCGUUUAAUCGCGACGUUGCUUUGACUGAUGACGCUGUAAUAGUGACUCCACCUCACGUACCAAUAGCACCACAACCGGCACCAGUACCAGUCCCCGCACCUAUACCAGUUCCUGCACCAGCACCCUUGCCGCAACCGGACCAGGGAUACCAAUACAACAAGCCGCAGUACAGACUUGAAUUACCCCACAAGUAAACUAAACCUGCUAUAUAUAUAGUAGUUUAUAAAUAUUUUACGGAGGAUCUAUACUUAUUUAUCAAUACUGACAUGUUUAUUGACUAUUCCCAUCACUACCGAUAUACGUAUUUGGAAUACGAGAUGUAAAAAAGUGCAGAUAAUAGUUUGUAUCGCAUGCACAAUGCAUCGUUAUUUUUUAUGCGAACUGUCUGCUGUAGACUUGCAACAACCAAAUGGUGUCAGAUGAAACUGAUUUCUAUGUAGUAGUAAAACAAUAGACAAAAUUCAAGGGUAAUUUUCUUUGUUUCACAUAAAAUUAUUUAUAAGAAACCGCAAUGUAAAAGUACCUAAGUUAACAAUUGUUUUGACUUGAAUUAAUGGUUUUGUACAUUUUUCUAUAAAUAAAUGAUAAUUUUCCAGUUCUUUUUUAACAAUGAUCAGUUCCUUCUUGAUAUAUGGAUUUAAAUUACGGGUUGUAGUAUAAUAUUUAACUUAAAAUAUCUUUUGUA